AUGCCGCCCACUGCAGGCGUAGUCGUGCACUCGCCACACGCGUAUCGCGCGUGGAUUCCUCCCCCCGCGGCAAUUACGCCGGUUACAGCCACCCACCCGCAGCAUUUCCACCCCUCGCGCGCGUAUUUCGAACCCCACGCGGAUACCUCGGCGGAACAGUUUGCGGAAGAGCGCGCGCUUGCGGAGGACCGCGCGCGAGCUGCGUCGAAAGUAGGCCAAUGGGUCGACGCGCAUUUCUCCGUUCCACCCACCGCACAUGACGGCUCCGGGCAUGGGACAGAGGGUUACCCAAUCCCGUGCGAGCCAGAAGUGGGGGAAGAAGGGGGAGAAAUGAACGGUGAAGAUGGGAGCAUAAACGGACGGCGGAGAUCGUCUUUGGAGGAAGAGGCGCUAGAACGGAAGCUGGCAGCCGUUGAGAUGGAGAACUGCGAGAUGACGGGGCGAGUGGCGGGUCUAGAAGCGAUGCUUCGAGAGCGCGAAAGGGAGACGGCGGACAUGCGACGGCAGAUAUUCGCAUACACGCAGGCGCUCGAAGCGGGUCGCGGCGACUCGUUGACGCGCGCGGAGCUGAUCAACCACGUGGUACAGCUGACCAAUCAGGUGCAAGAGCUUGCGCAGGAGCGCGAUGCGCUGCGCAACGCGCCCAACGGCAUCGCGCUCACUUACGGCCUUCGCGCGCCCGGCGCGCUUGGCGCAGGCGCUAGCGCGCUUACCGGCGCUCUUCCUACCGUUACCGCUACUGCUGCUCGUCCUGCUCCUGUUGCAGCUCUUCCUGCUCCUUCCGCUCCUACUGCUACUGCUAAUGCUGGCACUGGUCCUGGCGCCACACGUGCCCCUCCCGUUACUGCCACUGCUGCUCGUGUUAUCCCUGUUGCGGCUAUUCCUGCUCCUCCCGCUGCUUCAACUCCUUCCGCUCCUUUAGCUGCUCCUGCUCCUCCUCACUCUUCCAGCGUUCCUGAAAACGCGGUUCCGCAUGUGGCGGCAGCCAAUCAUCUACAAGCGUCCGCGUCUCGUGCCGCGUACCGCCCGCCGCCUUCCACGCUCGACGUCUCUAAGGACGUAAUUAAGAACCCGCUCGUACCGCCAGCCGCUUUCCACCCGGCGGUAAGCUCCUGCUACCGCGCGCCGCCGAAUUUUGAGUCGACUCAAAAACCGCCUCCCACUGUCGAUGUCUCUAAGGACGUAGUUAAGAACCCGGUGGUGAGCUCGGCGGGCGCGCGGAGCGGGGGAGCGGGCGGAGGAAGGGCGGGCGGAAUGGGCGGGAAUGGGGGAGUGGGGCCAAUGAAAGCGAUGCCUGCUAAUCCGUUUGAAAGGCCGAACGUGUCUCACUACAGUCAGGCCCUUGUAUCGUACAUCCCACCACCGCCAUCAGUGACAGCAGCAGCAGCAGCACCGCAAGCAGAGGAAUACCCUCCCAGCCGCCUAGCCCUAGCCCUUGCCCCCUCCGCCCCUCCCCCCAUCCAGCUCGUUCCCCCCAUGCCUGGCGCCAUGCCCGCUGCCCCCCUGCCGUUCAGAAGAUCAGCCAUUCAGGGGCUGACACGUGGCACCGUAACUGUCAGUGGCAGCAGCAGCAGUGGAAGUGGUUUUAGCGGAGGGAGUGGGGAACAGUGUGAGAAGGCUAUAAAACAGCUAGAGAUGCUGCUUAAAACGGGACGGGUUUCAAGGGCGGAUAUUCUGGCUGGUGUGCACGAGAAGUGUACAGUGCUGCUGGAACAGAUUGUCCCUCCCUCUCGUUCCAAUUCCCUUGUACGCCUUAUAAGCAAGGGCAUAUCGCACGCUACAAGCACCACAACAUCUACACCUCCAACUGAGGACGCAUUCCAAUCCGACCCCUCCUCCUGUCUCAUUGGUUUGCUCCUCUCUGCUAUAGUCACACUCUCUUGGAGCCCCUCCUCAUGCUUCUUUGAUAUAAGCAUCAAGCCUGUAACAAACAUUACUGUACGCCGGCUGCUGCUUAUCGAUUUUCUGAACGCGGUGUUUUGGAGGGGAGGGAAGGCGUGCGUGGGCGCGGCUGUGGAGGGGUUGGGAGGGGUGCGGAGGGUUGACAAGUGGAUUGGCGUGCGGGAAGAGUCGCUGCCCUCCUCUCAGGAGCUUGCUGGCUGCAAGGUUUUGGUCAUGAUCAACACAAAAGCCGGCGGACAAUACAAGAGAAAGUGGUUAUUUGGAAAGUAG